GUUCCUUCAAGGUGGAGAUGUUGAGGUGGUUCUGCAUACGUUGCGUGGGUAACCAAGGCCAAAACACUCCAAUCAGACACCUGUGCGUCGUUAAAAACCAGAUGAUUCUUUCUUUCACCUUCACCUCCCAUACAAACAACAACACUCUUUCAGUUCACAAAUCCAUAUCACUCCACAACAUUGAUGAAAAUGCAUUCCUUCCUCUACAGCAACGACACUGUUUCUGCUCACAUCACCGAACCAUACGUUAAAGGCGGGGAUGAGACUCCAAUUGGGCCGUCAGAGGAUGUACGCGAAGACCUUCACUUUGAGUGUCACCGAAGCCACUCACGUCCAAACAGUCCGUAUGUCUGGUACGACGAUCCGACGCAAGAGUUGAAUGUGGAGCGCGUAUGGUAUUCGUUCGAAGACACGAUUGGAGAUCAUCCCGAGCGUCCCCAACGCGUCCUAGGCCGAUUCAGCGCGGAGGUCGAGCUGAAGAUCAAGGCACAUGGUGGUCAUCAGUCUGAAUUAUAUCGAGCGCAUUGCCACACCAAACGAGGAUCUGAACAAGUAGAAUUGGAAGAGCGAGCGAUGCGUUUGCGCUGCUGUCGGAAUUUCUCCGAUCGCCAUUACGCGCAGUGUUGUAUCAAUUUGCAACAAGAGAUUGAGCGAUUAGAGGUACUCGUGACCGACUUGCGAGGGACGCUUGCACUGUUCGGUGAUCCAUCGGAGGCGGCAGAGAAACAAUCAGAGCCGAACGACGAAGUGCAGGCUGGCGCUGAGCCAAGUUCUUCUCUACAGGCAAUCAAGCGGAAUUGCGAGGCGAACGGUGACAGUAGUGAAGUCAAGCCCAAGGCGCGUCGUAAAAGUAUUUGA